UGUCUGACGGAGGUUUGGAAGCGGGUGGGGAAGAGUCGAGCUUCGGCUGACCCUAAUAAACCAAACUUAGAGCGACGUGGGGCUACGGGGUCGCCCUCACUUGUUCUUUUAGAUAGUUGGGAUAUUGCCUCACCCGCCUUCUCAUAUCGCUCCACACUUACUCGCCCUCCUAAUGUCGGAUUUCAAGCUUGGGAUUGUUCGACUUGGCCGUGUGGCCGGGAAGACAAAAUACACACUGAUUGAUGAGCAGGACAUACCCUUGGUGGAAAAUUAUGCUUUUGAGGCCCGAAUGGAAGUAGAUGCUGACGGUAAUGGGGCUAAAAUCUUCGCCUACGCCUUCGACAUUGGCAAAGGCCGCUGGGCUGGUCGGCCAUUGCAUGAGCUUCUCUGGGAGAAGCACAGAGGUGGAAUCGCUCCAAGUUUUCAAGUUGUUCACAUAAACCAGGUCACUGUAGACAACCGUCUCGACAACCUACGCCUGGUGCCUGUGGGAUGGACUCCCAAACCAGAGGAGCUGUCCAGCAAACAAAGAGAGCAGUCCCUGUACUGGCUGGCCAUUCAGCAGGUGCCUGCCGACCCCGUGGAGGAGCAGUACCUGGAGCUGAGCCGCACGCGCUACUACAACGCUAACGGCGAGCUGGUGGAGGAGGAGGAGUGCUCGUGCACCUACUACGAGUGUCACUACCCACCCUGCUCGCUCAUCGAAAAGAGACUGAGGGAGUUCAACAUCUGCGGGCGCUGCCAGGUGGCACGCUACUGUGGUUCCCAAUGCCAGCAGAGAGACUGGCCAGCCCACAAGAAACAGUGCCGCGAACGCAAGCGGGUCCUGGCCCUGGAGUCAGAACCGGAGCGGUGAUCCGUUCGGCCCAACCCACAGUCCAAGCUGGGGGAUUGGAAAAGGAGGGGAGAAGGGGAUAUUUCUUUUGGGAGGGUGGG